AUGGAUGAUAGCUAUUUGCCAAGCACAGCCAAGAACCAAGAUGUGUGGAGUAAAAUGUUAUUAUGGAGUUGUAGAGAUGAAUGUCGGUAUUCUUGCAUGUGGAAGACGGUGCAAGGUUUCCAUGAACGAGGCUUCUCUGUACCUAAAUUUCAUGGCAAGUGGCCGUUUGCUAAAAUACUGGGGGUUCAAGAACCAGCAUCUGCCUUUGCGUCUGUGUUGAACCUUGCUGUACAUGUGUUUAUGUACAGUGAGAUCGUGAGACUUUUCCCAACUAGGUCUAUGCCUAUUGUACUCUUUUGGCAUGUGUUUGCUGGGAUAUGUAUGAAUGCUUGGCUUUGGUCUACAAUAUUCCAUACCAGAGACAAUUAUUUCACAGAGUUUAUGGACUAUGCUUGUGCUUUGUCUAUGGUCAUGAGUUUAUUUGUCGCGGCGGUAUUAAGGGUAUUUCACAAGCGAAGGAAGCUAUCGGUUCUCGUGCUGCUGGCAACACUGGUGUACUAUGUAGAGCACGCCCGGUAUUUGUACACGGGUCAGAUCGACUAUGACUAUAAUAUGCAAGUCAAUGUGUUCUUUGGUGUCCUAGGGUCCGCCAUUUGGCUGUCCUGGGCUAUCAUCCAGUACAUAGCUGGGCGUCGCUACGUGCGACGUCUGAUGCUUUUCAUCCUUCUCUCCGGAGUGGCUCUGACUUUGGAGCUGUUGGACUUCCCCCCAAAGUUCGGUUGGGACGCGCACGCAUUGUGGCACUUGACUACUGUCCCUUUGCCGUUCUUUUUCUAUAGAAUGUUCUUGUGA